AUGGAAAAUCUUUCAGUUUUAGUUCUUGAUCGAGAUCCGGUUUCCCUGUGGACCAUCUCCAAUACGCUUGCUAGAUUCAACUUCAAAGUUCUUCCAUUCGAAACAGUGGAAGAGGCCCUAGAUUCCCUUAAAAGGGGGGUUGCUAAAAAUGAGGAGCUUGAUUUGGUAGUAGCGGAAGUUCAUCCUGGCAAUGCAGAGAUGGACACCUUGGUGCUGUUUCACCGCAUCCUGAAUGCACUUGAAGUGCCUCUCAUCACUAUGUGUGCCUAUGAUGAGGCAGUCUCUACACGCAUGACCCUUGGAACAUGCUUCAAUGUGGUUAAGCCGUUGGAUACUGAAACCGUCAAUUUUCUGAGGAUGAGAGCACUUCAACACAGGUCUAUUAAAAAUCACAGGUCUGAAACUGAGGAUGAAAAACAAGAUGCGUUGAACGUGAAUGUCUAUUCAGAGAAUCUGGGUUGCUUCUUAUGGAGCAGUGAGCUCCAUGAGAAGUUCUUGCAGGCUGUUGAAGUGCUUGGGCCGCUGCUACGGCUCGAAACAUUCACCAGUACAUGA